AUGCACAUCCACUUCGGGCACUGCCACAAAGCCCAACCAGGCUGGGUGAAUUACAUCUCCUGGUUCAACUCCGGUGGCGGUCUACUGUACGAUAUCGAGUAUCUCACCGAUGAGAAUAACCAUCGUGUUGCUGCGUUCAAAUAUCAUGCUGGAUACGCGGGGGCGGCUGUUGCGCUGAUGGCAUGGGAUCAUGAGGUCACCACCGGUCCUGGUGGUGGACCGUUGGGAUCGAUUCCGGUGUUUGAGACUGCGGGGAAUGUCGUCGAUGCUGUGAAGAAGGGUAUAGCAUCUACCUCGCAGCACCAACAAGAGCAACGCGAGCCGCGAGUCCUCGUAAUCGGGGCCGUCAAUUUCUGUCAGCAAGCUGGUAUCCCGGACUCUCAUAUCAUCCAGUGGGAUAUCGCAGAAACUUCAGCACGCGGCGACGGGCUGUACCCCGAGAUCAACGACGCAGACAUCUUCAUCAACUGCAUCUAUCUCCCCACGGGGACGCACAUCCCCCCGUUCGUGGCUAGGGAGUCCCUCUCUGUGUCUGGGCGGACGUUAAAAGCGUGA